CAUAUGGCAAGCCGACCACCAUAAUGCUGCAUAAUGCUGCACCGUCGUAUAAAUGAAAUAUUCUUGAGUACGGUGUAAAACUGAAAAUAUUGGAAAUCAUUUGCGCCCAAAUACUGAAACUCACUAAUAUUAGCGUUUUUGGUAUGAAGCUAUUGGAAAUUAACUGGGCACUAAAAUUUACACACUAUAGUGCUAUAGUGGGAUUUUUUUGUUUUUUCAUUUUUGUCGAUGAGCUUCAAAAUACAAACGCCAACAAACGCCGUAAGGUGAUGAUGCAAGAUUAAAAACGUCGGUUUGAUUUAAACCAUUUUCAAAUUCCGAAUCAUGUAUGUUGGCUAGAUGUACAUACCCCAGCUUUAUAUUCUCUUCAGUAUCUCAAGUACAUCUUAAACGCCAUGGAUUGGUUGAGUUGGCGUGGGGGCGGAGCUACGGUGUCCUUCCCAUAUAUAUAUAUACAACUGGGGGCAUUUCUGAGGCUCUGCAACACAUGCAAUCACGAUCACACCCGAGUCUCUAAGCCAAUCUUUCCACCGCGAAAAUGUCAACAAAAGAAAAGUUUCCAAGAAGCUUUUUACACAGAAUUAUGCCAGCCUCCGGAUGGCCGAUUCCUCCAAGAUACCGGCGCCUGAUCGUCGUUGUUCUCUUUGUGGAUGUUAUACUCUGCAUUGCGCUACUGGCCCUGGCGAUCAGGCACCAAGUAGACUUCACAAUAACUGGUAUCAACUGCCCGCACUUGCAAUACACGGAGGGUGUCCUCGGGAUAGAUGAACACUGUGUUACCACGGUGAGCAAAUCUAACGACGACAUCUUGAACCAGAUGGUGGAGACAAGAAUGAAGAACAAAACUGAGGAAAAAGUACACCGAGGUAAAAGCUGCAUUGACGUUUCUAUUUCUAAGCAUACAGUCCUCAUGUACUUUAAGGUUACCAUUACACCAGUAGAUGGCGUUGUGAUAUAACUGAAAUUUAGUAUCGAAAAUUACAUAAUGGUUUAUUACUUUAUUACAGUCAGUUUACCGCGAUGAUAUAUAUGUUUUGCACAUCUUAAUUAAGAAUUAACACCUUAAAAAAUUCAUCCCUCUGAAGUAAACUUUCACAAAACAAAAUAAGUUGAGAAAUAAAGCAAAAUACCGCCAUAUCCCGAGAUACGCUUUUCAGGUGGUAUCUUAACAAACCGCUUACAACGUUAAUUCCUGACAGGUUCUAAACAUUGUUCAUUGUUGUUCGUUUAUCUGCAGAUGAUAUCCCCAUAAAUAUGAGACCCCACGGAUUGCUGAAAGGUGUAAUCAUGGAGCCUGGGUCAUAUGAAUACACAUCUAAGGCACAGACGAUUGAAACCUGGUGCGAAGAAAAGAGUGGUCACUCAGAGCUGGACUUUGGAGUCCGCAUGCGCCACGGAAGACUGGUGGUGCCACGUAGCGGACUCUACCAAGUUUUCUCUCACAUUUAUUUCAGCGAGGACACGGACCCCAGAAAGUCCAAUAAUACAGAGCUUGAACACAAAAUGUAUAAGUUUAACAUACUUCACGAGGACAGUGGAGAAGAAGAGCUGUUGCAAGCCGGUCUAACGCCAUGCUUGCAAUCACAAAAAUGGCAGCCACAAGAAGAAAACGCCGGCUCGUAUGCAGGGGCGAUAACUCACCUACAAGCAGGAGAUGAAAUCUCAGUUCGUGUUACAUAUAUUCAUUUCUUGGAAGGGUGUAAAGGCGAGCAUUAUUUUGGUCUUCACAAAAUAGGAUCUUGAACUCAGAUGGCAGAGUUAGAGCCGAAGUGCAAAGCUCACUCUCAAGUGUCAGUGGUUCAUCCACAAAGCCUAGGUUAAAUCCAAAUCCCCUAAGGGGGGAGGGCUCAGUUGGUUAGCGCGCUAGUGCAGCGUAAUGACCCAGCAGUCUCUCACCAAUGCGGUCGCUGUGAGCUCAAGUCCAGCUCAUGCUGGCUUCCUCUCCGUCUGUAUGUGGGAAGGUCUGUCAGCAACCUGCGGAUGGUAGUGGGUUUCCCCAGGGCUGUGCCCGGUUUCCACCCACCAUAAUGCUGGCCGCCGUCGUAUAAGUGAAAUAUUCUUGAGUACGGCGUAAAACACCAAUCAAAUAAAUAAAUAAAUAAAUAAAUCCCUAAG